AUGUCUCCUGAUUCUAAACAAAAACUGAAUGAACAAAAGGAUAUUUCUGAAUCAAAAUCUGAGAUCAAACUUGAAGAGGAUGAGAAAAAGGCCAAAUCCUCUGAAACAAAGGUUGACACCAAAGCCAAAAAGGCCAAGUCUCCUGAACCAAAAGCUGAAAGCAAGGAUGCUAAGAAAGCUAAAUCACCUGAGCCCAAGGCAGAGGACAAAGGCAUAGCUAAAGAUGAAAUCACUGAUAAGGAGCGUGGUAAGAGAGAUCUUGGUACAGCUAAGACACCUGAAUCAAAGACUGGGGUUGGAGUUUCAGAUGUUACUAAGAAAGAUACAACCAUGAAGGAUGAGGUUAGUAAAGCUGAAGAAAUCGUUAAAGACAGUAAGAUUUCUAAAGACCAAGAAGUAGAUAAAAUAAAGAAAGAAGCCGAAACUACAAGUAAACAAGAAACCAAUAAAGCUAAAUCACCAGAUGAGGAUAAGAAGAAAGUUACUGAAAAGCCAGAUAAGAAAGAAGGCAAAGAUGUUCCUGCUACGGCAACAACAGUUGCUGAAAAAGCUAAGUCACCUGAUGUUAGUGAAAAGAAAAGGUCAGACACUAAGGAAGAUCAGAAAGAAACAAAAGAUGAAGAGAAAAUUAAAGAAAAACAAAAGAAAGCUAAAACACCAGACUCUUCUGAAAAGAAAAGAAGAUCAAAAUCAAGAGAAAAAGACGUGGAUUCUGCAAAGCAGGUUGAUGGCAGUGCAGAAGUCAAAGAAAAGGAAAGAAAAUCAAAGUCAAAGUCCCCUGGUCCAAAACUCAGAAAGAGGUCAAGCAUUAAAGAAGCUGAUGUCAAAGCAGCUGAGGAAGGAGUGGAGAAACCUACUAGGCUGAGAAAGAGAUCAAGCACGAAAGAGGACGAGUCAGAUGUUUCUAGUGCAGACAAGGCAAAAUCACCGGAGGCAACACUCAGAAGACGAUCUAGCCAGAAGAAGGACAAACUCAGGUCCAAGUCACCGGAGGCUAUCGAGAGGAAGAGGUCGAGCUUGCUGGAUGACAAGGCAGAUGACAGCUUGGCUCUCAGAGGAGCAGAACUUCGACAGCAAGAGGAGGUGCUGAGGACUGCUAGAAGAGACGAGGGUAAGAGAUAUUCGCAAGAGAAAAUGAUGAAAGAGGAUGAAGAGCUGUUGAGGUUGCAAGAGGAGGAGAAAGCCAAGCGACAGAGUGAAAUGCGCAGAGAGGAAAUAGAAAGACUAAAUAGAGAGGAGAAAGAAAUUGCUGAGAGAAGGAAAAAGAGGAAAGAAGAGGAAGAUAAAAGAAGGCUAGAAGAACUAGACCAAAUGAAAAAAGAGGAACAAGAAAAAGCUGAACAGAGAAAGAAAGAAUGGGAGGUGAAGGAGAAGAAAAGAAAGGAAGAGCAAGAAAGAGAGGAAAAGGAGGAGCAAGAGAGACGAAAGAGAUUAGAAAUUAAACGAGAGGAAAUUGAGAGGAUGAAAAAAGAGGAGGAUGCAAAGCUGCAAAAAGAGGAGGCAGAGAGAAACGAAAGAAGGAAGCAGAGAAGAUUGGAAGAAGAGAAGGCAAUGAAGGAACAGGAAGAAAAAUACAUGAAGCAAGAGCAAGAGAGAAGAGAACGAAGGCGCAAGUUGAAAGAAGAUGAGGAGAAGCAAAUGAGGGAGAGAGAGGAGGAGAGGCGAAUGAAAGAAGAGCAGGAACAGGAAGAAAAGAGACAGAGAAAACUCAAGGAGAGAGAAGAAGAAGAAAGGCUCAUGAAAGAAGAAGAGGAGAGAAGAAAAGAAAGGAGAAGAAAGCGAGAAGAGCAAGACAAAUUGUUUGCCAAAGAAGAGGCAAUCCAAGAAGAAGAAAGGAGGAGACGGGUCGAGAAGGAUAAGAGACGCCUCGAGGAUGAACUUAGAAAAAAGGAUGAAGAAAAAAGGCAGAAAGAAGAAGAGCUCAGGCUGCAGGGAGAAGAAUUCCUCAAAAAGGUAUGGUUAGAGUCUUAG